UGCUCUGUCAUGUGCCUCUGUCUCCCAGGUGGCUGGGUCUAUGCAGAGAAGCUUUGAGGGUGUCCCGUUUUCUUUGACCGCCUUGCUAGCGCUUUCCUUUGCUUAGUUGGCCAUACAAAAGUUUUUUAGGGAUGCAGCAGUCUUCCAUUCUGCAGACAUGUCCUGCCCAUUGCAGUCGAGACUACAGGAUUGUGUGGAUGCUUUGCAGACCCACUCUUUGAAGGACUUCAGUAUCUGGUUUGAUUAAAGGAUUGAAUCAAUACUUUAUAGAGCCAGUGCCUUAACACAAACUUCCUCUGUGAUAUUUCCUUGUAUGAAACAUGAGUUCUGCCCGACGCAAUACGGGCCCUCGCACUGCUCCUGUAGGUGGCCAGAGGGGGCAUCAGGCUAAGCUUGUGCUCCUUGGUGACCAAGGUGUGGGGAAAUCUAGUAUAGCCUUGAGAUUUGUCAGAGGCCAGUUUCCUGAGCACAGUGAAGCAACUGUAGGAGCUGCCUUCCUGACACAGACAAUACAAACCCAAGGGCAAAGUCUCAAGCUAGAUAUUUGGGAUACAGCUGGUCAAGAAAGAUAUCACAGUUUAGCACCAAUGUACUACAGAGGAGCCCAGGCUGCAGUCGUUGUCUAUGAUAUCAAUAAUGCAAACACAUUUAAUCGGGCUGUCACAUGGGUGAAAGAAUUGCGACAACAAGCCACAGGCAAUAUCAUUAUUGUUUUAGCUGGCAACAAAGCAGAUCUUGCUGCAGAACACAGAGCUGUUGCCACAGAAGAAGCCAGGGCAUUUGCAGAAGAAAAUGGACUGAUUUUUGCUGAAGCUUCUGCCAGAACAGGUCUGGCUAUCAAUGAAAUGUUUUUAAUGAUUGCACACAAGCUUUUGACGAAGUCUCCAGGAAAUUUUAAUCAAGGCGUUCGUUUGACAAAUGAAGAGGAGACCAAGUCGUCAGGGUGUAAAUGUUAGUUGUUACAGUAUAUAGGUGUGAGUGGAUGAGUUUAAGUAUGUGACCAAUGACUAAUGUUUACUUUUACUUUGGAGUGUAGAAAAAGAAAAGAUGAAGACUUUUUUACAAUAACUUAUGAGCAUUCAAAGAAAAUGGCCAGUCGCCUAUAAAGAUGGAUUUCUGAAGAAUGGUCAAGGGCUUGUUGGGAAAUAAGAAACCUUUGACUAUGAAAUUUGGUCAAACAAGUACUGAGUGUUAACAAACACAUUAUCUUAAGGGGAAAAAAAUACUUAUGCAAUUCAAAAGCUUGUAUACUUUUUUUCAAGCUGAACUAAAUUGUUCAACUUUAAGGUAAAACUUGUUGGUUCAAACAGUUCUCUAAACUAUUAUUUUAUCAUGCAAGAAAUUGACUCCACCAUCUAGAUGUUUCUAGUUCUGUAAAUCAGCCUUUAAAUCACAACAUUCUUACUCUUUGUUAAUUUUGCAGCACCUUUGUCACAUCCCAUAUUAAAUAGGUUUUUAGUCCACUUCUUAUUUACCUUUUCAUUUUCACAAAAUUAGACAUUUAAAUAAAUAUUUAAGGAGCCUGAUACUUGACUGAUAAAAUGAUUACAACUCGUUCCAUAUGCUAGGACAAAUUUGUGCAAUGCUCCUUCUUUCCUAGUACUAUUAGAGCAUGAAAUGGGUUGCCUGAGCCAGCCAGGAGGACCAAUGACUAGGCAGAAUUUGGUUAACAUGCAUGACUAGAUUGACCUAGGGACACACGUAGGAGGUAAUCAUCUUCUUUUUUGAAGUAACGUAUGUAUUUUAUAAGAUAAUAUAAGAUUGCUGUAAUGUUUUUUUUCAAAUCUACAUAUACAUUUAUAUAUCAAUCAUAUCAUGUCACAAGAUCUAUUGGUGAUUGGGUUUAUAUUUUUAAAUUAACUGUAUAUCCCUUAAGUUUUUCAAUCUGCUUAAAAAUAAUAAAUGCCAUUUCUGAUGCAUGUACAUUGCAUUAAUUGGUGUUAAUAUUAGAAUGUGAUAUAUAUGUAUAUAUAUAUAUUUAUUUACAGUUCAAACUGUUUUGAAUAUGACACAACCCUAGAAGAAUAUACCAAAAAUAAUGGUUAAUUUUAACAAUUAUAAACUAAGUUUUUCAUAGCUUUUAUGCUCUCUUUUGCUGGCAUCAUGACGCCCUUAGAAGCUAAUGCACUGCACUGCACCAGUCAGAUUUGUUCAAACCUUCUCCCCCUGCUAACUGUUAUUGAGAAUAAGACUCAGGUUAAAAGAAAGGUUUCAUUGAAACAAUGUAUUAAAUAGAUCAACUUACUUUUUAAAUAGUAGGUUAGGAAUACUCUCUAGUUUGAUCCUCUUUAAAGUGUAAGUGUGCUGAUGAUGUCUUGGCAUAAGCAACAUACCGUAUCAGAAAGAAGGGGGGGGGUAGAUUUGUACACACCUGUUCUCACCUGUACAUUCAUCAACUAAAUGGGUAACAGUCAUAGCAGUAAACAGGGAAAAGUAUUAUUUGUAUCUUAGGUUGGGUGGCCUAAACUUCAGACUUAUUUCAAAUUUAACAAGCACAUUUGUUUUUGUUUUCUUUUUAUUUACAAUAUUCAAAAUGCUUCUUGUAAUGAACUAGAUUAUACUAAUAUUAUACUAAAUAGCUUAUAUGUUUAAAAGCAGAUAAUUUAGUCUUGGUUGAAUAAUCAGACAUUUUCAACACAACAUGGCUGACUUAAUUAUUUGUUACCUCAAGACUAAAUAAUUUUAAAGUUUAUUUGUAUUCUUAUAACGUUGUUAAAAGACAGUACAGAAUUAUAACAAUUACACAAUAAACGACUAUGUGACAGUUGUGUAGUUGUAAUAUAAUAAAGUUGCUCUAUAGUUGGUACAGUGUAAAGUAUUUGUGCAUCAGUUAGGACUAUCUGACACUCUGUAGUUGUGUAGUUUCUAUGAGGAAAACUAGCAUGCAGAAAAUUAACUUCGAACUCGAUAAAAAAUUUAAACAGUGGCAUCAGUCAUCUUGUAUUUGAUUUUCAUCUUUUUCCCAUUAAAAAUUUUUUUACCAGCCAUGAAAUUUUUGUUUUUGUAUAUAGGACAAAGUAUUUGUCAAUGUAACAAAAAUAAAAUCAAAAUUUGUCCAAAUAUAGAUGUCUUUUUUUUUUGUUACGUAAUUCAUUAUUUUGAUUUCUUUUGAUUAUUAGAAAAAAUAAUGUUCUUUAAAAAUUUAAUUCUUGUAUUCUAUUAAUUAAUAAUUUCAAAAUUUAAUUCUUUGUGUCCAUCAAGAAUGACUUCUCUUGUGUUAAUACUCAUGUAUGAAUAUAUCUGUGUAUAAUAUUUAUAAUGUAUAAUUUAUUUUUUAUGCAGGUCAAUGACAAUGGUCAGAAAACUUUUUUUAUAUUUCAUUUAAUCAUAAAAUGACCAUAAAUUACAAUUUAAACUUCUUAUUAUUUAUUAUAUUCUCCUUCCUACUGUUUUUCUUUUCAAAUUUAUUUUCAUUAUUACUACUUUUUUUUAAAAAUUAAUUUGGGUAAAACUUUAGACCACUUUUAGAGUAACCUCAAAAUGGUGUGUAAUUGAGUGUGUCAUGCCAUGUUAACACUGUUUCAUGAAUUGGAUUAAGCCACGAUCUUGUUUAAUAAGGAUUCUCAUCAUUUCAACUUCAUGGUUGUUAGAAUAUUUUAUUUAUAUCACUAAGUAUUUUUAGGUUUAUGUUUCUAGAGUAGUGGAGCUUUUUUUUUUUUUGUUUUUUUUAAUUGGAAAAGGGUUUCAUUCCUUAAAGAAGCACAUAAUUGACCCCCCAUUGCUUUCAUUUUGUGUGUGUCCAAAACCUGAUUCCAUCCUUGCCAAUAUUGGAAUAAUUUAAUUUUUUUGGCCAGUUCUCACAGCAGUAAUUUGUGGUCAAAUGUUUUACUUACCUCAUUAGGAAGCUUUUUUUUCUUUCUUUCUUUUUUUUUUUUUUUUAUAAACAGGCAAAUAAUAAUGUAAUAAUCAUGGUUGUGUUGUUGAAGAAAAAGCUAUUUAGUUUUUGAAUUGAAUCCCUGGGUCACAAGAUACAAAUUCAUGAAUAUGGUCUAACAUUGUAUGGGAAAUAAUAUAAAAAAAAAUUGUGUCUUUGUGCUGGCCACACAAUCCUGUUAAGAAACCUAUGUGCUUCUGUGCCUCAUUAGAAAGCUAAAACAUUGAUAUUAACAUCAAACAUUUUAAUGAGUACUCUACUUAGAUAAAUGUAAUUCAACAUCUACAAGAAAGCUGUUACUAAUAAAGUUAUUCAAGACUUCAACCUUAUUCUAUCUUAAUACUGACAGCUGAUUUUUUUGUUUGGUUUACGCAUGUUUUAAUGUAAUGGAAAAAAAUAUUUUUUUAAAUUGUAUAAAUUUUCAAUGAAAGCUUUGUCAGUCAUAGCAAACAAUUAUUUUGUAAUGACUAUUACUUUUUUUUUAUUUGGUCAUGCAUUCAUAAAUACAUGUAUUAAAAAGACUUAAGCCUGCAUCUGGAAAGGAAGCAAACUUGUAGUACUGGUGAAACUUGGAGGCAAGAUUGUUUAGAAGAGAGAAAUGAUACUAUUUUGAUAUGUUGCCAAAACAGCACAUUAUAAACAUUGAUAAAUGGUGGAUCUUCACUGUUCUCUGAUGCAAUGUUAAAAAUCUUAACAACCCCAAAAAAAGUUUUGAAAGAAAGCAUAAGGCCAGUAUUUUGUUCAAUGAAGCAGAGAAAAUGUUUUCUUCAACUUAAGCAUUGUUCUUUCACAUCUUGACUUUUGACUGUAAAUAAGAAAGGUGUUUUGGUUUUUAGAUAAGAUACAUGAAUUUAUUGAUCACCUUUAAGUUUCAUUUCUGUUUUAAAUUUAGUUCGGUAUUGUUUAAAACCUAAUAAAUAUCUUCCAACAAAUGUCAUUAAUUGUUGAAUCUUGUAAUUCACUUUGAUGGUCGCAGAACUCUCUUCUCUUCAUGCUCUACUAGAUAAGUUUGUCACAAGAAAUAUUGUAUUUACGAGAGAUUAAUUUAAUUUGCCUUUAAUUUUUUUUUUCUGAAAGCCAAAAAGCUGUCACUUUGAGCACCACUUUGUAAGCUUGACGAUCAAAGUAAAUUUGAUUUUUCUUUUUUAAAAUCAACUUACGUUAUGUAUUUUCUCACAGUUUUGAGUUCACAUUGUGUGCACAACUUGUUCUCAAUAAAACUUAAAUUUACAUGAUCAUGCAGCCUUUUUUUUAAACCUUGACAUGAUGAAAUUUUUAAUUUUUUUUUUAGAAUAAGGUUCAAAGGUUUAUAUAAAAUCUAAUGUUUUUGUAGGUCAGUAUUUUCUCUGCUGCUUCCUUAAAAGUUUUUUUUCUGUCUUCCAAAUACAAUUCAUUCAGUCUUGUUUACGUAUUUAAUAAUCUGUCUUGUAUACUCAAUAUUCAAGAAUUCUGCAAUAAUUUUCCAGCAUUUCUUUUUCAAUAAUUCAUAACCAUUGUGCUUGUUCAAACAAAGCUAAAUUUUUAUUCUGAGAACUUUUUACCGUACUUGGCAAAUAUUUUUUAUUAUCAGGUUGUAGUGUUCAGACCUUUCUUUCAUCUAGGCUGUUAACUUAUGUUUUUGUGAGUCAUAAUAUUUGUAAUAGCUUUUAAGUGUAUAAUUAUAAAUUACAUUAAAAAGAAGUGGAAAUUUUAAAUGAAAACAUGAACAAGUAGUUGUCUUUCUUUCUGUGAUGUACUACAGUAAUCAGUACAUGUACUACAUGUAAUAUUUUAGUCAUCUUGUGUAUAUAUUUUAAAAUGUAAAUAAUUUUUUUUUUUAUGCCAGUAAUAUCAAUAAAGUCAUUCACUGAAACCUG